CGAACAGACGCGAGCGCGACCAGCACGCCGCGGCCACCCACGCGACAGCUUGCGAGCAUGCCGCCGCGACCGAAGACGGAGAAAACGGGGCUUCGCCGCCGCCGGCGAGAGGAUGCGCUGCAUCACGUCGUCCAUACUGCGGCGGAGGUAGGCGUGGACGACGUGGCGCUGGCGCAGCACGCCGUCGAGGUCGAUCCUAACGCGGAGACCCAGGCGGGGCGGGGCUUGGAUGCGCCGCCGCCCGACCUCGUCGUUGGUGGGCACGCAGAGCUCGGCGUCGACGAUGGGGCGCUCGUCGAGCAUGGCGUCGAGGUCGAUCCUGACGCGGAGACCCAGGCGGAGCUCGGCUUGGAGGUGCCAGCGCACGCAGAGCUCGUCGUUGGUGAUGCGACUCGGGGUACUCAGGGCAUGGGUCCGGACCUUGGCGCGCUGCUGCACAAGGUGGAGGCUCUCAUGAACGACGUUGAUGCGCUCGUCGACGCGGUCGCGGCGUUCGUCGACCGGGUCGCGGGUAUGAACGGCAUGGAGGAGGAGGAUGGCUUCGCUGCGUUGCUUGACGCGGUCGUGGAGUUCGUCGGCCGGGUCGCGCGUGUCCGUGCCAUGAAGGAGCGCUUCGCUCGGCCAAGAUCGACAGGGUCUGUGGGCAAUGGCUUUCCUCGGCCAAGAUGGAUGUUGGCCUUGGAUGAAGAAGAAGUGAUAAUAACACCUGAAAUGCUAGGUUCGUGCACGCGCCCUGGUCUUGAUGCAAUGAUGAACUAUAUGAAGAGGCGGCUGGAAUCAAUUGAAAAGAAAAAACAAAAGGAAGAGAUGUGAAACAGGAUGGUAGCAUGAGAGUUGACCUGUUUUAAGUUUGAUGAUUUUGCAUGUAAGACUGAAUAUUUGCAUGCAUCUGCAUGUUGGACUUUUCGCAUGAAUGAUGGAAGCUUGGUUUGCCGUCCGAAGUAUUU